AUGGAAUUAAACUUUAUAACCACUCUCAUUAAACACGAUGUGAAUCAUAAUGUGAAACAGUGUUUUAAAACUAAGAAACCAUUUGUUACUAGAAAAGAAGAAGUAAUGGCGAUUAAAAGCAAAUUCCCAAAUAAAAUACCGCUCAUAGUAGAGAGAUACCACAAAGAGAGAGGUCUGCCAACUUUGGAUAAAACUAAGUUCCUCGUACCAGAAGAUAUAACAAUGUCUCAAUUCUUAGUCAUAAUACGCAACAGAAUAAGGAUUAAACCUAACCAAGCGCUGUAUUUAAUAAUAAACAACAGAUCUAUGCUGAGCAUGAGUUUGACUAUGUCUCAGGCGUACGAACUAUAUGGCGAUGAGGAUGGAUUUUUAUAUAUAACGUAUGCAUCUCAAGAAGUUUUCGGUUAUCAAGAUGAUAUGACGGGGUCGAACAAAGAGGUACAAGUCAUUAGAGACAGAUUUCCGAACAAAAUACCGUUGUACGUGGAAAGAUAUUCAAGAGAGAAAGAGGUGCCGGUCUUAGGUAGGAAUAAAUUCCUAGUGCCGCAAGAACUCACUAUGUCACAAUUCCUCUACAUCAUUCGGACAAAGAUGAAAUUGAGAGAUUCACAAGCGUUGUAUCUGUUGGUGAAUGAUAAAGUCCUAGUGAGCCACAGUAUGACGAUGUCGCAGGCAUACGACCAGUUCCGUUCAACCGACGGAUUCCUUCACAUCACCUAUGCUGCACAACAGGUAUUCGGAUGA